CCAGCCGCGGGCCUUGACACUAUGAGCGUGGGUUUCAUCGGGGCUGGCCAACUAGCCUUCGCCCUGGCCAAGGGCUUCACGGCAGCGGGCAUCGUGGCUGCCCACAAGAUAAUGGCCAGCUCCCCAGACAUGGAAUUGACCACGGUCUCAGCCCUCAGGAAGAUGGGAGUGAACCUGACACCCCACAACAAGGAGACGGUACAGCACAGCGAUGUGCUUUUCUUGGCCGUGAAGCCACACAUCAUCCCCUUCAUCCUGGACGAGGUCGGCGCUGAUAUCGAGGACCGGCACAUCCUCGUGUCCUGUGCUGCUGGCGUCACCAUCAGCUCCAUCGAGAAGAAGCUGAUGGCCUUCCACCUGGCCCCAAAAGUCAUUCGCUGCAUGACCAACACGCCUGUGGUGGUGCGGGAGGGCGCCACUGUGUACGCCAUGGGCACCCAUGCCAAGGUGGAGGACGGCCGGCUGCUGGAGCAGCUCAUGGGCAGUGUGGGCUUCUGCACGGAGGUGGAGGAGGACCUGAUCGACGCUGUCACCGGGCUCAGUGGCAGCGGCCCCGCCUACGCAUUCACCGCGCUGGAUGCCUUGGCUGAUGGCGGCGUAAAGAUGGGGCUUCCGCGGCGCCUGGCAGUCCACCUCGGUGCCCAGGCCCUGCUGGGGGCGGCCAAGAUGCUCCUGGACUCAGAGCAGCACCCAGGCCAACUCAAGGACAACGUCUGCUCCCCCGGCGGUGCCACCAUCCAUGCCCUGCACGUGUUGGAGAGUGGCGGCUUCCGCUCCCUGCUCAUCAAUGCUGUGGAGGCCUCCUGCAUCCGCACACGGGAGCUGCAGUCCAUGGCCGACCGGGAGAAGGUCUCGCCUGCCGCCAUCAAGAAGACCGUCCUGGACAAGGUGAAGCUGGACUCCCCUGUGGGGAACUCGUUGUCCCCUUCCAGCCGCGCCAAGCUGGUCCCCCGCAGCCUGGCCCCAGCCGGCAAGAAGGAGUGAUGCUGCCCGCCGGCCUGCUCCCCACCUUCUC